UGUUGGUCAUUGAUUGACAGAAUCUGUUGGAAAUUAGUGUUGUGUAUUUUCUAUUCCAUCGUUGUGCGGUUAAAGUGUGUGGCAAAUUGCAGAUAAAUAAUUAAAAAAUCUACCUAUUUACCAAAACAGUUUCAUUGGCUUUUAUAUUAAAUUGUACACAUUUCGCAUCUUGCGGCAGAGGAAAAAUCGUAAAUACAAGAAAAAAGGAGUGUCCCCGUGCUAUCAAAAAAAAAGAAAAAAACAAAAAACGCUAUGUCGUUAAUUUUUAAUGUAGUAAAAGUGUAAAUAACUAAUAACUAAAUUUGUGGAAAAGAAAAAAGCAAACGCGCGAACAAGUGCAAAGAUAAGCAAGAAAUUUGUGCAAACGGAAAAAAAGUAAAGCAAACGCUGCGAAAGCGACAAAAAACAAGUAGCACAAAAAAGUAGAGCGAAAGCAGCAAUUCAUUAAAUAUUUGAAGUCUUUUAAUUGUGCAAAAAGCAAUAAAGUGCUAGGCAAUUACUCAUUGGGUGCAGUAAAGGAUAACUGGAAGGUAAAAAGAGGCAGAUAGAGCCUACCAAUAAAAUUUUCCUGGCUACUAAAUAAAAAAAGGAGCAAGCAGAAAGGCAAGUAAGGCAUAGGAAAACCAAAGGAAGCUCAACUUAAAAAAAAAAAAAACAACUCGUUAUAACAACAACAGCAACAGCAAUAGCCAACCUUCCAACAAAAUGAGUAAAAAACCUACAGUCGGACCCGCGCUCCACAAAGUGAUAAUGGUGGGCAGUGGCGGUGUUGGCAAAUCAGCAUUAACACUACAAUUCAUGUACGACGAAUUCGUGGAAGAUUACGAACCAACCAAAGCAGAUAGUUAUAGGAAAAAGGUCGUUUUAGAUGGCGAAGAAGUACAAAUAGAUAUAUUGGAUACUGCCGGACAGGAGGAUUACGCUGCCAUCAGAGAUAAUUAUUUUCGCAGUGGUGAGGGUUUCCUCUGUGUCUUCUCAAUCACAGACGACGAAAGCUUCCAAGCAACACAAGAAUUCAGGGAACAAAUAUUACGUGUGAAAAAUGACGAAAGCAUACCGUUCCUGUUGGUGGGUAACAAAUGCGAUUUGAGCGACAAACGUAAAGUGCCGCUAAACGAAUGCCAGGCACGCGCCCAACAAUGGCAGGUGCCCUAUGUGGAGACCUCCGCUAAAACGCGUGAAAACGUAGACAAGGUAUUUUAUGAUCUAAUCAGGGAUAUUUCAUCACGAAAGAAGCAACGUCAGUCCGAUGUGCGACAGCCGCCAAAAACCAAAUCUCACUGCUGCCAACUGCUCUAAUAAUCAUGAGAGAGAAAUAAAAUCACAAUUAAAAAUUACAAAAAUGUAACGACGCCGCUGAAUACAAGCUAUAAAUGCCGAUAAUAACUAUGAUAAUGACGACGAAUGUAUAAAAAAAACAAUACUAUAUUACAAAAAACUACAGUCCUUCAGGAAGAGAAAGAACUUUUGAAAAAAAAGGAAAAUAAAAAUGCUAUGCGAAAUAUACGCGAGCACAUCUCGGACAAGCUGUUGCAUAGAAAAGCAAAAACAACUCAAUUUAUGCAUAGAUUUGUAAAAAAAGAAACUCUGAAGCACAUUAACAUAUAUGUAUGUACAUGCGACUGUAUUUGUAGGAGAAAAAGCAAUUACAUAUAAACCCAAUUCACGCAUUGUAUUGUAUGGCAUUCAAAACAAGAAAAAAAAAAUGAAGAAACAACCAAAAUAUACUACAUACUUACAUAAACCUUGCAGACUUUAUUAAUCAUAUAUCUAUAUAUACAGAUAUGUAUUAUUAAAAAAACAAGCGCAUACAUACAUGCAUACAUACAUACAUGGUUACUUACUUACAUCCGUACAUACCAAUUUCAAACCAAUAUACAUAAGUUUCAAUUUGUAUUGUAAAUUAAGCUUAAGCCGAACACAAUAUGUUUUAUAGACAUAGUACAUACAUGCCUAUGUUUUACGUGCAUUGUGUACAGAAAUAAACUGCUCUUUUCAAUUGUAAAAAAAAA